AAUGAAUUCUUUAACUAAAUUUUCUUUUGAUUCUGUCAGAGAACAUUCACAGCAAGAUUCUGAUAUUAAUACAGAUUGUGAUAUGAGAAGUACAAACCAAAAACAACGAUCUAGUGAAGAUAUUGUUCAUGCAGCAUUUCCACACAAACAAGAAUUACUUGUUGAAGACAUAAAACCAAAAAUUAAAAUUGGUUCAAUUUUUGCUUUGCCGUCAAAGAAAGCUAAACAAGAAGCUAUUGAUGCAGAAUUGGAACAUUUAAUUAACCCUGUUGUUUCGUCCAAAUCUUUACCAAGUGUUUUAAAUUUGAAUAGGCCGAGGGUUGCUACAACUUUUGAGGUUUUUAUGUUUUAA